CAAAAGCGAACAUAACUGAACGAUGGUUUUCUGGCGUCACCCUGCAUGAACGAGACGGCGAGGGUCUGUUCUUUGACCUGUGCCUGUGGAUCCCCAACAAAGGCAACAGAACGGAUUGUUGCUGAGGAAUAGGAGACAGCAGCAUUGGACUUGUGUAGAAACGCUGCGACCAGACUAGUCGACUGUACAUAUGUGUGACUGUUCAAUCAAUCAACCUGCUCGUCGCUGGCAAUAUUUUUGUCCCUAGAUAUGACAAUUUAGAAAAUUUAGUAAAGUCAUGCGAUGCAAAGACGUGAGAGGCCUGAGCUGAGCGAGUUCUGUAGGACCUUGGCCUGUGCCUCUGCGUGUGAAUGCCGCAAUGGACUCGCCUUCCACGAUCGCUGCCACUAGCGAGCGCCGGAGCGGCGCUGUGUUUGUUACUGUGCCUGUGGAUCUGCACGGUGUAUUUGUUCACCAUCGAUGAGGCUGUGCAGCAAGCGGACGGACCCGAAAUAGGAGCACAUUCUGCUGAACUGAGUACUGCUAUUCAGGAUGAUCAACGUACCGUUAUGCAAGUACGACGUUGCUCCUCGGGAUAUAUCCUGCGUCUCGACGCCAGUAGCGCCGGCGAAUGCGUGCCGUGCCCCAACGGCACGUUCAGCUUUCCGGGCUGGGUGACGUGCAAGGCCAGGCUAACGUGCGACGACCUGGCGCGCGGUGCCGUGCGCAUUCUUCGCUACCUAGCGUCCGGUGCCGUGAAGCAUGUGUUUCUCGGACGGAUCAUUGACGGCUCGCUGCCGGUCGCCUACGCCUUGAGGAGCCAGCAUCACGAGGAUUUCGGUCAUCACAUUGCUGUAUUGAGAGAGCUUGCGCCGAGUCCUAGAGUGGUUCAGUUGCUCGGCGAGUGUCGGGAUGAAUACGUCGUGACGCAGUACUGGAAGCUGGGCAACGCCGGCGAGCUGGAGGAGAGGCUAGCACUCCGCGAAUACGCCGCAUUCAACACGCUGUCCGUCCGUUUUGGCCUGGCUAUGGACUACGUUGCCUGCUUGGUCAUGCUGCACGAACACGAUUACGUCAUGUGCGACGGCAACGACGUCACCAAGCUGCUGUCUCAGUUUCUGAUCACGGACGACUGGCGACUGGUGGUCAACGAUUUGGACGCAGCUGCUCGCAUCAACGUUGAACGGGAUGGUGCGCGGGCGGGUAUAAAAUGCGGCAAGCGGCAGCUAUUCGGCGGUGAAAUGAUAGCCCCGGAGCAACUCUGGCCUUUCGGCCCGGCACCAUUCAAUAACUCCCGGAUGCCGGCGUACGAUGAGAAGAUUGACAUAUGGCGAAUACCACCGGCAAUACAUGCCCUGCUCGGCCCAGCAUCGUUGCGCAAUACGAGUGACGUUCUGAGUCAGCUGGCAGGAGUUUUUGCCCGGUGUCGCAGCAGACAGGCAGCGGCCAGACCAAGCGCUGUGACUGUCUGGAAGGAAAUGGCAGCAGUGCAGCGGAAACUGAAUCUCACUCGUCUUCAUGACAUGCGCUGCUGACAGUUACCGGCGUCCAUCAUGAUUAUUCAUACUAUUUUCAUGCCAACGCUGCUCGGUGCAAGUAGAACCAUUUUCCGUGAAACUGAGGUGAAUACGAUCGUGCUCGGUGUUGUGAACUUGCUGCAAACUGACCCUUUGUGAUCACCUAUUUAUUGCCAUCUAUUGAGUUCAAACAGGUGCAUGGUAUAAAACUAUUUUUUUAAAGAAAUGAUGUGGUUGCCCAUAUUACCAUACACACUAUGUGUGGUGGUCUGUGAAAGACUUACUCGAGGACUGGUUCGUACUGAAUCUAGAUCCGGUGCGGAGUUGAGCCAACCUUGUAGAUAAUGACCCUCGGCCGGGUAUAUGAGAAAAGUGUUGUUAUACCCGAGUUGAGGUUUUGUUA